GGCAGAUAUCAAUUCUGGGCAUGUGCAGGGCAUAUCCCACACAUUUCAAAGCAUGGCAAAGGGGAUGCCAUAUCAUACCUGUUGUCCAACGGCAACGUGGUUUUUAUUAAUCAUCCAUAUGUGGAUUGAUAGAUCAGUACAUAAAAAGAACAUGUCAAUUUGAAUGGUUCUGCUGGGAGUGCUUAUUUGACUAUCAUUGAUUGCUGUUGGUGAGGGAUCCAUAGUUGGUGAGAACAACCAAUGAUCUGGUUGUCUUAUGAGAUUUUUGAGAUUUUUGAUAAGGGUAUGGAAGUUGACUUGAAUGUUGUCCAGGAAAAGUCAACAGAAUAUGCAGAGGCCAAGAAAUUGGCCAUUGAAGAGGCCAGCAAGGGAGUGGAUGUUAUAGACAUAAAGCACAUAUUAGAGGAUAAAAAAUUGAUUGGAGAUGAAAUGGAGAAGAUCAUAGAUGACUGGAAUGUCCAAAGAGAUAUUUUUAAUCAACAAAGAGGAUUCAGCCAGCAACCUCCUGAAGAACAACAGCAGCUCCUGCUGCUACAACAAGAAGAGCAACAGCAACAUCAAGAUGAUGAAGACUUUGAUCAGGAAGAUGAAGACUUUGAUCAGUUGGAACGAUUGCUAUCCAAAGCAUAAUGGCUACGUUGGAGCUUCAUAAAAGGUUCAGGGGCACGGAUGGGAAGAAACCAUCUCCUCCUCCCUUUUUUUUGUUACAAAUGGGAAGAAUGCUCAUGAGUGCCUUGGGCUUGGUUCUAGCUUGUGUGAUUUAUUAUGCAUUCUGUAUGCAGAAACGAUUUAAUAUGUCCAUUUAAAUGAGUGUGUAGUCUUGUAGAUGUAAAAUCAUGAACAAUGGCUCCGUCUAAGCUGCAUGUUUAGAAUAUGCCUUCGAUUAAUUUGUUCGAAGCUUCCUAUUUUUAGACGUGUCAAUUUUGCAGUUGACAUUAGUUUAAUUUUGUUAAGUGUUUGAAGGAGAACAUAAAUUGUAGU